UGCCUCAGUAAAAUAGACAAUUGCAACUCUUUGUUGUAUGGUGCAUCCAAGCAUUUGGUUGAUGCAAAGUUGCAGAACGUUCAGAACGCUGCUUCACGUAUUAUCGUUACAUCAGGAAAACUCGAACACAUUUCUCCUGUUUUGAAAGAACUUUACCGGCUACCAGUACAGCUGAGAAUAGUUUAAUAGUUUAAAUGUUUCAUGGUUUAGCCGUUAAUUAUUUACAAGAAUUACUGGAUGGUCUACAAGUCUAAUACAUCACUGCCCUCCUUCACUGACGAUGGGAUUAGUCUGAACCUGGCUCGG